AUGGCUGAUGUGAUCCGUGUCGCUGACCUGUAUGCCCAUGCUAGACAAUCCGUCACAACAAUGUCGCCCACGGCUCUCAGGAACAUGGACGAGGUUGAGAUCGUCAACAUUCAACAUGAGAAGAUGGAUGUCUCCCUGGUGGACAUCUUGAACAAAGCUCUGAAACCCCCAGAGGGAACUCCGCGUUCUUUUCCAACGCUGCUCUUAUAUGAUACCAGGGGCCUCAAGAUCUUUGAAAAGAUCACUUACGUGGACGACUAUUACCUCACCAAUGCCGAGAUUGAGAUUUUAACGUCACAAGCGAAGAGAAUCGUUGAACGCCUGCCGGACAAUGCCCAGCUGGUGGAGCUUGGUAGUGGAAAUCUGCGCAAAAUUGAGAUUCUAUUGCGGGAAUGUGAACGAGUCGAGAAACACGUGGAUUAUUAUGCCUUGGAUCUGUCCCUGGCAGAAUUGAAGCGAACCUUCUCUGAGAUCUCGCCGGAAAGGUUCCAGUACGUUGGGCUGCACGGUCUUCACGGCACCUACGAUGACGCUCUACUGUGGUUGAAGGACCCCGAGAAUCGGACCAGGCCCACGGUGGUUCUGUCGAUGGGAUCGUCGUUGGGCAAUUUCAACCGUUCUGCGGCUGCAAACUUCUUGCGUGACUUUUCAGAAGCCUUGGGGCCGUCGGAUAUGUUAUUGAUUGGGUUAGACGCUUGUAAGACUCCUGAAAAGGUUUACAAGGCCUACAACGACUCCCAGGGCGUGACUAGAGAGUUUUAUGAGAAUGGCCUGGUACACGCCAACGCGGUAUUUGGAUUUGAGGCUUUCAAGCCCGACGAAUGGGAAAUUGUGACCGAAUAUGACGAGGAAAACGGGUGUCACCGAGCCUUUUAUUCACCCACAGUUGAUGUCAUCAUCAACGAUAUUCAGAUCUCCAAGGGGGAGAGGUUGCUCUUCGAGGAGGCAUACAAAUACAGCCCAGAUGAGCGAGAAGAGCUCUGCCGCAAUGCUCACUUGAUUUCACAAACCGUAUUCGCAAACGCAACAGACGAUUAUCAUAUUCACCUCUUUUCGCCAUGCUCUGUGAAAAUACCACUACAGCCAUCCGAGUAUGCCUCUCAUCCAGUUCCUACCCUCGAAGACUAUGAAUCUCUCUGGACCGUGUGGGAUGUCGUGACCAAGACAAUGGUGCCCCGGGAAGAGCUUCUUUCGAAGCCCAUUCAGCUCCGAAAUGCGCUCAUUUUCUACCUCGGCCAUAUCCCCACGUUCUUAGAUAUCCAUUUGACACGAGCUCUGCGUGGGAAACUCACCGAACCCAAAUCUUACAAGGAAAUAUUUGAGCGUGGGAUUGAUCCCGACGUCGAGGAUCCGGAGAAAUGCCACUCGCACAGCCCAAUUCCCGACGAGUGGCCCCCCGUUGCCGAAAUUUUAGACUACGCAGAUCGGGUGCGCUCCAGAGCUCGAUCGAUCUUGCAGGACGGGCGCGCUCUGCAGGACCGGUCCCUUGGGGAAGCUCUCUGGAUCGGUUUCGAACAUGAGGCUAUGCAUCUUGAGACCUUCCUCUACAUGCUGUUGCAAAGCCAGAGAGUGCAACCCCCAACCGGUGUGAAGACUCCCGACUUUGCCAAAUUGGCUCAAGAUGCGCGGGAGGCCGAGAAGCCCAACCGGUGGUUCAGUAUCCCCAAGCAAGCCUUCACGAUAGGAUUGGACGACACUGACGAGACUGCCUUGCCCAAAGCGUCCUUUGGCUGGGACAAUGAGAAGCCUCAGCGCUCCGUGGACGUGGACGCAUUCGAAGCCCAAGCUAGACCAGUAACCAACGGCGAGUUUGCCAAAUAUCUACAGGUUCAGCACAGUCGAGCAAUUCCAGCAUCAUGGAAACUUGCGCAUACCGAUAAUGACUUUGCGAUCACCAACGGCGUGAGCGAGUCAAGUUCUCGAGCGACCGAAGACUUUAUGGGCAACUUUGCCGUGAGAACAGUUUUCGGGCCAGUGCCCUUGACAGUGGCUCAGGAUUGGCCGGUCAUUGCAUCCUACGACGAAUUGGCCAGUUACGCGGAAUGGGCAGGGUGCAGGCUUCCGACCUUUGAAGAAGUCCGCAGCAUCUAUCUCUAUGCCGCGAAACUACAGGCAGAACCCAAGAAGAACGAUAGCAAUGGCCACAGCAACGGAGCCAAUGGCCAUUCCACCACUGGUCACGGUAAUGGGGCUGCCAAUGGAGUCAAACGGACGGCCGACGGGGUGGUGAAGCCAAACCCCCGUGCUGAUCUCCCAGUCUAUCGCUCUCUCGAAGGUUGCAAUGUUGGCUUCCAAAACUGGCAUCCUGUUCCGGUAACCCCGAACGGCGAUAGGCUAGCUGGUCAGGGUGACUUUGGUGGUGUUUGGGAAUGGACCAGCACCCCAUUAGCACCCCACGAGGGUUUCAAGGCCAUGGAAAUAUAUCCCGGUUAUACGUCGGACUUUUUCGAUGGGAAGCACAACAUCAUCCAAGGCGGAUCAUGGGCAACCAUGCCCCGAAUUGCUGGACGCACCACAUUUGUCAACUGGUACCAACAUAAUUACCCUUAUACUUGGGCAGGGGCACGACUUGUGCGUGAUCUCUCGACAUAG